GCCCGCCCCCGGCCCAGAAGUCCCUGCAGGGCCCCGGCCCCGCGCGUCGGGAGCCGAGUCCGGGGCGCGCCGUCCAGCCGGCAGCAUGAGCGUCCCCGCCGCGACCCCGAUCUUCGCGCCCGGCGAGAACUGCAGCCCCGCGUGGCAGGCGGCGCCGGCGGCCUACGACGCAUCGGGCGCGCACCUGCAGAUCCUGGGCAAGCCGGUGAUGGAGCGCUGGGAGGCCCCCUACAUGCACGCGCUGGCGGCCGCCGCCGCCUCCAGAGGGGGCCGGGUGCUGGAGGUGGGCUUCGGCAUGGCCAUCGCAGCCUCCAAGGUGCAGGAGGCCCCCAUCGAAGAGCACUGGAUCAUCGAGUGCAACGAGGAGGUCUUCCAGCGGCUCCAGGAUUGGGCUCAGGAGCAGCCACACAAGGUCGUCCCCUUGAAAGGCAUGUGGGAGGAUGUGGCACCUACCCUGCCGAACGGUCACUUUGAUGGGAUCCUGUACGACACGUACCCACUGUCGGAGGACACGUGGCACACACACCAGUUCAACUUCAUCAAGGACCACGCCUUUCGCCUGCUGAAGCCCGGGGGUGUCCUCACCUACUGCAACCUCACCUCCUGGGGGGAGCUGAUGAAGUCCAAGUAUUCAGACAUCACCACCAUGUUCAAGGAGACACAGGUGCCAGCGCUGCUGGAAGCAGGCUUCAAGUGGGAGAACAUCCGCACAGAGGUGAUGGCGCUGGUGCCCCCAGCCGACUGCCGCUACUACGCCUUCCCGCAGAUGAUCACGCCCCUGGUCACCAAGCACUGAGCCCCAGCUCUAGCCCUCCGUGUAUCCGGCUUCCAGACAGCCCUCUCGGUCGCCCCUGCUCAGUGUCUUCCUUUGUGGCUGGAACACAGGUUUUUGCCUCUCUCAGCCCAUGGUGACCCCAGCUGUGACAUCGGCAGCUCUCCUAACCUUGGCAACACUGCUGUCUUGGAACUACGACCUCUCUGCCAGGGUCACUGAGGGCGUAGCCAGCGCUAACAUGGGCUGGGCCAAUCGGAUUGCAUGUGAGGCUCUGGCUUCUAGUUACCCUCCCUCAACCCUCAACAAAUAAUUAAAAUAAAAAGAGAUGUCAGAGGGACCUGG